CGCGCCGUUAUGACGAUCAUAACACAUUGACAACUAAAUAAAAUGUUCGAUUACAAUACUCGAGCACGCGAGACAUCUAAAACCUCUUCUUCUUCGACUCGAUGACCCGAAUUUGACUGGCCGACAUGUCAACAAUAGUAGUGUGCGGUUUUUUGUUGGUUGCUUGUUUUGUUGGUGCCAGCGGUGCCUUUAGCGUCUUGGAGUUCGUGUUUGGGCCCAAGCUGACCCAGCACGGUUCUGUCCGGCCCAAACAUUACGAAGUCACCCCAGCACAAAUCUUGGUGGAAUCCCAAGGUUUUCGUUUUGAAAGUCACGACGUUACGUCAAAAACCGGCCACAUCUUAACAUUGCACAGGAUACCGCACGCCAAAGAAAAAAUCCCUCUCGGAAACAAUCAAAGAAGGCCUGUGGCGUUGUUUCAGCACGGCCUUCUAGCCGCGUCGGACUCGUGGUUGUUUAGAGGGGAGGACGCCGAUUUACCGUACAUUUUGUCAAACGCUGGGUAUGAUGUUUGGUUGAGUAAUAUGAGGGGGAACAUCUAUUCUAAUAAACAUGUUAAAUAUGAUUCAAAGCGGGAUGAACAAUAUUGGAAUUUUGGUCUUGAAGAAGUGGCAAAAUACGAUCUACCAGAAAUAAUCGACUACGUGCUCACGAUCGCCAAACAGCAGAGCCUCUAUUUUUUGGGACACUCUGUAGGUUCGACGGUGGGUCUGAUGCUAUGCGCAAUGAGACCGGAAUACAACGCAAAAAUCAAAGCCCACCUCGCGUUGGCGCCCCUGGUAUACGCAAACCACCCCAUAUCGUUUACGCACAAGCUCGUGUUUUCGCCGAUGACUUUUUUAAGCAGCGUUCUGCGGCAAGAAAAAAUCCAUGGUAUUUUUCCGAGGAGGAAAUAUUUUUCGAACAUGAUGGAAAUGAUUUGUAAGGAUGGUAUGCCGACUCAACCUCUGUGCGUUGCCGCCAUUUUUUUAAUGGUGGGUGCCGAUUACCCGCAAUUCAAUACGUCUUCAAUCCCAACUUUACUUAACUACUACCCCUCAGGGACGUCGAUGUAUUUAGCGUUGCAUACCAUACAACUUUAUGUGUCAGGAAAAUUCGCCUCCCUGGAUUAUGGCAACAGUACCUUAAAUUUAAACCAAUACAAUAAUACCAUACCUCCGUCUUAUAAUAUAUCUAAGGUGUCCCACCCAGUUUUGCUUCUCUAUGGGACAGGGGAUAAUUUUGUUACCGAAUCGGACAUCAAAUAUUUGGCCAAAAAACUACCAAACGCCGUGGAAAUCCCAAUACCCUACAAAAACUUUAAUCACAUGGACUUUAUGUGGGGUAUAGACGCAAAAAACUUGCUCUACGAACGACUAUUGAUGCUAAUGAAAAAAUAUAGGUAGAAAAUUUCGUAGCUAUAAUAAUUUGUACAUACUUGUAGAUAUUUUUAUUUUAUUAAAUUAUAUUAAGAGUAAAACAUUUCUUUAUUUUUCAUAAAAAACAAAUUUAUUCAACUUAAGUAAAUAAUAUACUUAUAAAAUAACAUUCUACAAUAGAUGAAAAACAACAUUAAGUAAUUAGUAAUAGGAAUAAUAAAUGAGAUAAAAUAAUGAAUCUUUGGGUGAUGAUUUGAAGUAAAUAAAACGAAAACUAUACAAACUAUUUAUUCACUUUUUUAGCUUUAUCAUCUGAUGAUGAGGAACUGGAAUCGAUUGUUCCCGUCUUGGUUACUUUUGGGGGAAUAGUGUGGUUGAAAGGUUUACCUAACUUGUCAUAAACUUCCUUAACUCUAAAUAUGGCCGUCCUAAAAAAUAUAAAUUAAAGAAUUUUUGCCAGAAAGUUAAUAAAACUUGGGUAUUACUGACCUAUUUAAACUCUCAAUCUUAAUAUCUUUGAUGGCCGCUUCAAACGCAUUAACUAAUUCAUCCUCCUUGUUUUUUUGAUGCAAAAUAUCCAAAAGGCAACUGUACGCAUUACCGAUAGCCCCUUCGGUAACAUUACUGAUUUUUAAGUGCUCUAUUAAUUUUUUGGUUAGGUCUUCGUCCUGCUUUUCCCUAGCCGUUUGCACUAUCCUCUGGAACAUUAUCCUAGGAGAAUUUUGAAGGAAAUCCCUCCAAACUUGGGAGGCUUUAUCAAAGUUUCCUUGAAUGAAAUAGUGCGUCCACAGAACAUUCAAAGGCGCUACAAUGUUUUUUUUCGCGUAUUUUAUAGCUACGGUUUCAU